GGUGCGACAUAAUAUACAGUUAUCAUUCAAUUAAUCGUCACAGUUGAUGCAUAUAAUAUCUUUGUGUUGACUGCAUUUAUUUCGUACAUGUAAAAUCUCAUUUAUUAAUAGAAUAUUAGUCAAAAAUCUGAUUUUCUUGUUAAUUUGAUUAAGCAAUACGUGAUAUAUCAUUUUGAAAUCUUUACGUAUUUAUUUUAACAUUAAAAUAUUUAAAAUGUAAUAUUACGUAUAAUAAUAACGUAUAUUUAUAUUAAUAUCAAUAUUACGUAAUAAUAAUAUUACGUAUAAUAAUUCGAAUUAAAGACGUAAAAUGUGACCUUGUAAUAGUCUGUAAAAGCAUGUGUAAGGAAACAUUUGGUAAGACAGACAAAUGUUUGGACAGACAAAUGUUUCCUUUCAUAUAGCAGAUAGCGAAAAACAAUACAUUUCUGGUAUUAUUUAUUUGCAUAUAUGCAUUACGCAAGUUAUAAAUACUCUUUAAAAGUUUAAGAAUUGAUCAGUUUCGAUUACAUUAUACGACCUGCAUAUUCGAUUUUGUUCCCCAAGAAAAACGGUUACCUUAAGACCCUUGUCGCCAGUCUCGAGUAAUCAAACAUGCGCAAUAGUUUGCAAAUGGCACGUGCACAGAAAAAUGAUUCGACGUUUAUUCUACCUGUCCUUCGUCCGAACUAACUUACUAGUAAUAAGCAAACAUUCUCGAGCGCGUGGGGCGAGUGGGGACAGUGGCAGAUUUGACACGAAUCGCUGAUAAGGAAGGCGCUGAUAAAGUGACAUAUAUAAUCUACGGCGCCAUGAAUUCGUUGUUAUUCCAUCUGAAAUGCAUUAAAAUCCGGGUGCCGUUAGGCUAGUGCAGAUUCCUGGUCGUCUUUCCUGGUAGCAUUAGCGCGCUUCAUCGUUAUCUCUUCCUGCAAUAAGAAGAAAUAAAAGAUGGAGCAAUCCCGUGUUAAACGGUGGCCUCAAUAUUUAGCAGCGAUUACAGCUACCUUAUCGCUGGCAACUACCGGAUCUCACAUAGGCUGGACGUCACCCACCUUGCCAAUACUGAAGUCGUCUGAUUCCCAUGUCCCGAUAACAUCCGACGACGCUUCCUGGAUCGCGUCUUUCUACCUUUUGGGCACCAUCCCCGGAUGCAUCAUUGCGGCCUUCAUGGUAGACCGGCUAGGUCGGAAGAUGAGCCUGCUGAUAGGCGGCAUACCUCUGACUCUCUCAUACGUUCUGAUACUCGUAGCGUGGAAUCCCUACGUUCUCUAUGCCGCACGGGGUAUCGGCGGUAUCGGCCAGGGCAUAGCGUACGUCAUCUGCCCGAUGUACAUCGGUGAGAUCGCCGACAAGGAGAUCAGAGGUACCCUCGGUUCCUUCAUCAAGCUGAUGGUGACCUUCGGAGAGCUGUACGCUCACGCGAUCGGUCCGUUCGUCUCCUAUCAAUGGCUCGCUUACAGCUGCCUGGUGAUCCCGCUCGUGUUCUUCAUAAGCUUCCCCUGGAUGCCCGAGUCGCCGUAUUACCUGCUGAUGCAGAAUCGCCAGAACAACGCGAUGACGAGCCUGAAACGUUUAAAGCGUUGCGUCUCCAGCAGUCAGCUGGAGACGGACAUGGAGCAGAUGCAGAAGAUAGUCGUCCGCGAUCUCAGCGAUCGCGGCCGUUUCUGGGAUCUGUUCGGCACGCCCGGCAAUCGGCGCGCCGUCAUCGUCAGCAUCGGCCUGCAGCUGAUUCUCCAGUUCAGCGGUAUCUGCGCGGUCGAGUCGUACACCCAGGAGAUCCUCGAGGAGGGCGACGCGGGUCUGCCCGCGAGCAUGUCCGUCAUCCUGUUGAGCAUGCUCCAACUGAUCGCCGGUCUCGGCGCGGUGGUCCUGGUCGACAAGCUGGGUCGACGGCCGUUACUCAUCACCACCUCUCUUCUAGCCGGAAUCGCGCUGACCAUCGCCGGCGUCUUCUACCUCGUCAAGUUCCAAUUCGGCGUGAACACCAUCGGAUACGGCUGGCUGCUUCACUCCUCCGUGAUAUUCUACGAGCUGAUCAUCGCGCUGGGCCUGAAUCCGCUGCCCUACAUGAUGCUGGGCGAGCUGUUCCCGACGAACGUCAAGGGCGCCGCCGUGUCGCUGGCCAAUGUCGUGUCCUCGCUGCUGGCAUUCAUCGUCUCCAAGAUGUAUCAGGUGAUCUCCGACAACUGGGGGGUUUACGCGGCCUUCAGCUGGUUCGCCAUCAGCUGCUACCUCGGCGUAAUCUUCAUCGCGCUGCUCGUGCCCGAAACCAAAGGCAAGUCCCUGCUGGAAAUUCAAGAGGAGCUCAACUGCAAGCCGAAGAAGAAGGAAAAGAAGGAGAAAAAGCAACAAAUCCAAAUAAGUACGAUUGCUUAAGUGCAAGAAAAACGACUAGAUGAUCACUUUUUGCGCAAUACUAUUGAUCAUCUAGAGGCUAUAUUGAGGUUUUGUUUUUAAUUGUUUAUUAGGAGGCAUCAAUAAUAUUGUACAACACAAUUGUACAGUAUUAUUGAUCGUUUAGGGACCGUUUAAGGACGCGAUGCUUAUGAAGAAUUUAUAAUGAUUUUUAAACGAUAGAAAUAAGCGAUGCGCAUCCCCUGGAUUACGGGACAUUCGACCUCAAGGCGACUAAAUCGCCCUUCCGGUAACGUUUGGCUCACAAAAGCGGAUGAAAAAUGUUUCCAACAAUCAUCGGUAAGAUCAAUUGCAAUAUUUGAAUACUUCAAUUGGAUUGUCGCUCUGAUAAGAUAUGAAUGAAGUUACUACGGCGCGCGCUGAUUGGCAAAAUUUUAAUGGUAACAAGACGUUUGCAAAAUUUAAAUGGAAACAAAUUCUGUUUUUAAGUCGUUUAGAAGAACCGGAGAGCGUUCCCUGUCAAAGGUCGAAGGAUUUACGCGCUUCAGGAAAUUCAAAAGGAAAUUUUGAGAAUCUUUAUGUUGAUAUAGUUGCAGAGUCCCUUGCAUUUUGAUUUAAAUCCGCCAUAACGGAAAUAUGUUUUUUUUUCUAUUUUCUACACUUUAUUAUUCUCGCAACUAUGAAACUGAAUGGAAUUUGAAUCACAUAAAUUUUAAUUGUUAGUAUACGGAAGAAAGAUUCCUCAGAGGAAAUCUAGUUUGUAAGUUUUUUAGUGUGUAAAAAAGGGCCCUUAUAUUCCAUUGAAGAAGGCGCUUCGAUUGAAGUAAUGAGAUCGCCAAACGAGCGUUUUCCCCGAUCGAGAUAUUAUAAUCAUACGAUGUUAUAAUUAGAGAGAAACUUCACGCUCGCGUGAUAAUGACGCAUAUUUGUUUGGAUUACAUUUACAUUUUGAAACGCGCAAACAGAGGCGCUCGUCACUUGUGCAAACGUAACGUUAAUUCGAGAAUAUCUCAAUUCAAACACCUUAAUUCAAAAAACGUGUGUCGGAUUACGUAGACUUUGACAGGAAAAAUAAUAAUGUAAAUUUUGCGCCAUUAUUCUUUGUUGUCAUUAGCGACACGUGAAAGUCGAGCCUUUUAUUUAUACACAAUACGCGCAAGUCGAGUGGAAGAUUUUAGCGUACACAACAGAUGCGGAACCGGCAACAGUUGCCUGUUGUUUAAUGUGUUCUCAAAGAGCCGAUAAUAAUCAUUCUGCUCUUGUUCAGUUGCCACGUUUGCCGAAUGUAUUCUAUUUUUGCGACAAUUGUACAAGCGACUCUCGUGUCCAGCCUUGAAAUAUCAGCUCGAUCGGCGAAAAAUCUUGAUUUGGCGAAGAAAUCUCGGCCGAGAAUAAUGUGAAUUUCCAGUGUGUCCGGUGGUUUCCGAAGUACCGCUUCAAAGGGUAUCUUAACGGGCUCCUUCGGAAGCCAUCGUGCAUGCCAUAUCCAACGUUGCGUUAGCUAGGGUCCCCCUCGAGUACGGUAAGAGCAAUCUUGCAUGACCACCUCUUUUCCCUUUUAGGCAGGGUUAAACUGAAGCUUGAGACUGAUAGUUUUUAAUUAAUCGUAAAGUAUUUAUUUGUCGCCUCUGGCCGAGCUCCGAACAGGCGAGAAGAAAUUCUCGCGGAGGAUAUUAUUCCGCGUGGAGAAGAAUUCCCGUUCGUUUUUAAUACCGAGCGUGACGCAUAGCUUUCGCGAUAAGAUAUCCUUGAACAAUUUUUUUACAUUUCGAACUGAACCUGAAGAAUCUCCGAUAGAGUAGAAAAAGAGUAACGAGGAUAAAAGAUGAAAUAACAAAGAAAAAUGUAUAAAGAACAUAGAUGAUCUGUAGAAUAUCUAAGAUCGCUAACAUGCUAUAGUUUGUAGAAUUGAAGCCAGACGCCAUAUUUAUCCGGUAAUCACAUAUACAGUGCUUUAUGAAGUAGUGUACAUUUAAUAAUAUUAGCGAAAAUUUUGAAUGUAAUCCAUUAUUGGGUGAAGAUGGCCGCUAUACACCCUUUCUUCUAAAUUACUUGGCUUCACUUCAUUUCUCAGAGCUAGCGAUCUAGGGUAUAUAGAAAUCUGUGAUAAAGAAUCUCCUUCAACAAAAGAUAAAAGAGGAAAGAAGUAGCAAAAAUCCUGUUCGGCGCGACACCACGGCGAUUAGGAACAUCUUUCUUAUCCCUUUAAGGCAGGGUGCAAAACAACACACGAUAUAACGCUUACGAUUAAACGUUAUUGAUGAAUAGCGCGUGUGAUCCGCGCGUAUCUCGUGUAACAUAGCCAGAUACGCGCGCACGCCUAUCGGCCCUGAUGCAAGAAGGAUUUAGACGAGCACUGUGGCAUGACUACUAACUCAUAUUUCCCUUUCAGGCAGGGUGAGAGACAUAAUAUAUACGUACGUGUCAUAGAAAUAGCUUCGGCGUAGAAUAUAACUGGCCCGAUAUUAGAGUUAACGAAAAACACUCGCCGCACGUUAGUUUCGUGUGCAUGCGUUUUAUAAAACUUACCCCCGGGGUAUCCGAGAGUUGCGUGCUCCCGUGCGUAAAAACCGGUCGCCGAUGAUAAAACGGGCGUCUGACCGACGACGACGUGGAGAAUCUCGCGCACUGCUUUUACAAUGGACCAAAACGGCACCCGGCCCGCGCUCGGCGAAGCGGCGCGAGCGAGAAGGGAAGGAUUUAUUCUUGCUUCUCUGCCGACGCGCGAUCCACCUAUCGUGGAACCCCGAAGAACGUAGAGUGUUUGACAAGCAAACGGCCGAGAGCCGUUGAACGCGAAUGGAGAUCAACAUCACGUUUGGUUACAGAAAUAAUUCGCGGACAGUCGGUCAUUCGCCUUUGUCAUCGCGGCCACCACGUUGUACGCGCGCGCAUGUUAUAUUCGAUAAGCGAUACACCUUAACUCGAGUGUCAAGUAUGUUCGCGCUAUUGCACGACUCUCUACAUAUACACGUCCCUUUCAGGCAGGGUUCAAACGUUGGUCGAACUCCACCCCACAGAAAUUUCUACAAUGUAGAAGUUUGCAAUAUACGUUGACAAAUAAAGAAACUCACCGUUUUGAUUCGCAGCUAUA